GGGGUAUGAGCAUGAAAACCUAUUUCAUAUUGGUUGAGAGCAAGAAAACACAGAGGAAUUGCAUAUGCCAUGGAAAAAUCACACCAACCACUCCACAAUACAAAACCAUCAUCUUCAAAACCUCUCCACAUUAUACUAACCUUUCUCUGCAAAGCAGCUGUUGUGUGCUCCCUCGCACUUGUUUCAGUCUGCGCCAUCCCCAAACCUUACUACUCUUCUUCAACCUUCGCCUCCCGCGUGUGCGGUGGGGCCCACGAUCCUCCGUCGUGCAUGGCGGUCGUGUCCGAGACACUAUCAUUGUCCUCCGCGUCUCCCGCGGAAACCAACGGCUUAGAUUCACUAAAGAUGGUCUUACACUCGUCCUUAAAACUAACCAGAGACGCAGUCGAGUUACUGACCACCGUGAACCGUCGGAUCAACAACUCCCGAAAAGGCACGGUGGCAGUUGACGACUGUGUCCGGUUAAUGGACAUGUCCGUGGACAGGAUAGUGGACUCAUUGGUGGCCCUAGGGAAUCUCUCCGCCGCCGAAGCAAUUUCCGACGCCCACACGUGGCUCAGUGCCGUGCUAACGAACCACGGCAUGUGUUUAGAUGGGCUUCAAGGCCCAGCCCGGUCCAUAACGGAGCCCAUUAUAAAAGACUUGAUCUCCCGGGCGAGGUCUUCCUUGGCGGUGUUCGUCGCGGUGGCGCAACCUUACAAGCGGGACUAUCUCCGGCCACUCGGUGGCGAGUUGCCGUCUUGGAUCAAGCCUAAACGCAGGCAGCUUUUGGAAGCCCGGCCAAACGCCGUCAAGGCCGACGUGGUGGUUGCCCUAGACGGCAGCGGUAAUUUUAAGACGAUCAAAGAGGCGGUGGCGGCCGUACCGGAUAAUAGCAAUAAACGUUUUGUUAUAUACGUGAAGAGAGGAAAGUACAAAGAAAAGGUGGACAUAGGGAGGUUUAAGAAAAACGUGAUGCUCGUCGGCGACGGGAUGGACGCGACAAUCAUCACCGGAAACCAGAACGCCGCCGACGGGACACCCACGGUCAAUUCUGCUACUGUAGCUGUGUUCGGGGACGGGUUCAUGGCCCAAGACAUAAGCUUCCAGAACACGGCCGGCCCACAAAAGAAGCAAGCGGUGGCGCUCCUGCUGGGAGGCGACCGGUCCGUCAUCAACCGGUGCAAAAUGCACGGGUACCAAGACACCGUCUGGACCCACUCCGGCCGCCAGUUCUACCGCGACUCCUACAUCACCGGCACCGUGGACUUCAUCUUCGGCAACGCCCCGGCGGUGUUCCAGAACUGCGAGAUCGUGUCCCGGAAGCCCCCGCACGGGCAGCCCAUCGCGAUCACGGCGCAGGGCCGGGAGGACGCGAACGACAACACCGGGAUAACGAUCCAGAAGUGCAGGGUGAUCCCGAGCACGUACUUGGCCCCGUUGAAGAAGGAGUUCAAGGCGUAUUUGGGCCGGCCCUGGAAGGAACAUUCCAGAACGGUGUUCAUGGAGUCCUUUAUCGACAACCACAUCGACCCGAGCGGGUGGUCCCCCGUUAGGGGUGCCCUUGGGUUGGACACUCUGUUCUACGGGGAGUAUAUGAACACCGGGCCGGGGGCCAGCACCGCCAAAAGAGUCAAGUGGAAGGGCUAUCACGUCCUCACUAAGGCGGCGGAGGCCAUGCCCUUCACGGUGGCGCACAUGUUCCAAGGGGAUUCGUGGGAUCGUAGGAAAAUCGGUAUUGCGAUCUUCCCAAGCGGUACAGCCGUCGCCGGUUCAGUCGUGCUGGUUUCAGUAUGGGCCGUCACCAGUUAUAACAACUCUACUCCGUCAACCUUCACGGCGAGCCUAUGCGGUGGGGCCCACGAUCCACCGUCAUGCAUGGCUGUCGUGUCCGAGGUAUUAUCGUCCACCGGUCCCACGGCAACUAACGGCUUAGACGUUUUACGCGUCAUCUUACACUCUUCCACAGAGCGAAUAAGGGACGCCGUCGAGUUGUUGACUAACGUGAACCGUCGGGUCAACGACGAGAAACUAACGACGGCCGUUGAAGUCUGCGUGGAGUUGAUGGACGUGUCCGUGGACAUGAUCUUGGACUCAAUGGUCGCCGUCGGGAACAUCUCGUCGGCCGGAGCAGUUUCCGACGCCCAUACAUGGCUGAGCGGUGUCCUGACGAACCUCGACACGUGCUUCGAUGGGCUUCGAGGCCCGGCCCGGUCCAUAAUGGAGCCCAUUUUCAAUGACUUGAUCUCCAAGGCGAGGUCUUCCUUGGCCGUGUUCGUCGCGGUGGCGCCGUCGGAAGUGAAUGACGAUCUCCGGCCACUCGGCGGAGGCGACUUGCCAGCCUGGGUCAAGCCUUACGACCGGAGGCUUUUGGAAGCCCGGGUGGACGCUGUAACGGCUGACGCGGUGGUGGCACAGGACGGAAGCGGGAAAUACCGGACGGUGAAAGAGGCGGUGGCGGCAGUGCCGGAUAGUAGCAUAAGGCGAUUUGUUAUAUACGUGAAGAGGGGGGCGUACAAAGAAAAGGUGGACAUAGGGAAGUUGAAGAAAAAUGUGAUGUUGGUCGGCGACGGGAUGGAGGCCACCAUUAUCACCGGCAGCUUGAACGUCGCUGAUGGAACACCCACCUUCAAUUCGGCUACUGUUGGUGUGUUGGGGAGCGGGUUCAUGGCCCAAGACAUUUGGUUCCAAAACUCAGCCGGCCCGCAGAAGCAACAGGCGGUGGCGCUCCUCCUCGGGUCGGACCAAUCCGUCAUCAACCGCUGCAAAAUAGACGGAUACCAAGACACGCUCUUCACCUACUCCCUCCGCCAAUUCUAUCGCGACUCCUACAUCACCGGCACCGUCGACUUCAUCUUCGGCAACGCGGCGGCGGUCUUCCAAAACUGCCAGAUCGUUGCCCGGAAGCCGCCUCACGGCCAGCCCAACGCGAUCACGGCCCAAGGCCGGCUCGACCCGAACCAGAACACCGGAAUCUCAAUCCAGAAGUGCAAAGUGAUUCCGAGCCCAGAUCUGGCUCCGGUCAAAGCGAGUUUCAGAACGUACUUGGGCCGGCCGUGGAAACAGUACUCGAGGACCGCCUUCUUGGAAUCCUACAUGGACAACCACAUCGAUCCAAGCGGGUGGGCACCCUUCAGAGGUACCCUUUGGUUGGACACACUGUCCUACGGCGAGUAUAUGAACACCGGACCCGGCGCCGGCACCGCCAACAGAGUUAGGUGGAAGGGAUAUCACGUCCUCACCACCGCCGCUCAGGCGAUGCCGUUCACGGUGGCGCGGUUGAUCCAAGGGGACUCCUGGUUGAAGACUACUGGAGUGGCCUACAUUGCCGGCCUGUAGACAAUUUUUAUUUUCCUAUUGUGGAGGAGCCUGAGAUUGAGAUUGGGUACCCAACAAAUGUUAAGCAUGUGGCACACAUUGGGUGGGAUGGUCAUCAAUCUGGCGCUUCACCAACUUGGAUGAAGGAGUUCAUGACAGGGCCAGAUUUUGCUGUUACUUCGAUUGGUAAAUCAGAACUCCACAAGUCUACCACAAGACAAUCUGGAGUCGAGUUAGCUAGCGAAAACCCAGUAAAGGCGAUGAAUCAUCCCAAGAAGCAAAAACGAAAGAAGGGGAAAUCGAAAUGCCAGAGCACCUCAAGUUCUUCCUGCUCGCCGGGAUCAUCUUUGGACGCGAAGUCAAAGUCUAAGUUUAUCCAGGAUGAGAUUUAGUAUAAGCACGUACGUCGAAUCAUAUUCUCUAUACGGAGUAUAUACGUUUGAUUUUGUUGAUCAUGUGGAGUAAUUUGAGCAUAAUUGCAAGUAUUUUGAGAGAUCCCAUUACACACUUUUCAGUUUCUCAAGUGGGAGUGUAGGGGUGUGAUAUAAUUCCAUACUGUUAAGCAGAAUAUAUAAUAAAUAUGAAGUAUUGAG